UCUAUCGGGGAAGUUCUCUCACAGCUGCAGCCGUGGGUAUGGAGAGACUUCUGGGAUGCUGGCGGAUUAUGAGGCGGGGAUUCCAGUGACCCAGCUGCUUUUUCUCUUAACGUGAGACACGAUGGCAACUCGGACGGGGAUCGUCUUGAUUUUCCUCGCGGUUUUUGCAUUUGUUGCCGCUGAGGACGGGGAGAGCAAAGAAAGCGUGAUCGAACAGUUGGUUGUGGAGACGUUGGUGAUGCCGGAGUCGUGCACGAUUACAUCCGAGAUGGGAGACACGCUGCAAAUCCACUACACGGGUCGAUUAAUGGACGGGAAGGUGAUAGACACGUCUCUGUCUCGCGAGCCUUUGGUUGUAGAAUUGGGCAAGAGGUCUGUCAUCACAGGCCUGGAGCAAGCCCUGGUUGGAGUGUGUGAAGGACAAAAAAUCAAGGCCAUGAUUCCGGCUCAUCUAGCGUAUGGGAAAAGAGGAUACCCUCCAACCAUUCCAGGUGACAGUACGCUGGAGUUCGAGGUGGAGGUGAUCUCUCUGUCCCAGCAGACGCCAUGGCAGAAGCUCAUCAAUGACAUCUUGCCUCUUCUGUGCCUGGCGCUGGUUCCCACUUUACUGGGUUUAGUGGGACUCUACCUCUACAACAAAGCACACGCACAACCUCAAGGCAAGAAGAAGAGCAAAGACAAGAAGAGCAAGAAGAAAUGAGAUCAAAGCCAAACAGAAUAAACUAUUUAAAUAAAAAUAUUUUUGGUGCUUUCAAUUUUUUUUUGUGACAUUUGUGAGAUAUUACGACAUGUAAAAACUGGUAUGUAUUGAAUUAUUACACUAAAAGUUUUUUUUUUGGACAAAAAAUAGGUGGAGGGCAGGGAUAAUUGUGUUUUUUGUCAAUAAUUCAGAUGAUUUUUUUGCUUCAUCUGAAAACAUUCUACCUCUCACCUGUUUCAGUUCAAUAUAUACCAUCCUU